CCGCGAUUUAAACAGCUCCGUCGAUCCCGCGGUGUCGGCGUCAAGGCGCGUCGCCGCUGCCGCCGCGGCGGUUUGAGCACAUCUGGCCUCGGCGCGCAGCGAGCGCGCGGUGCCGGCGGAGGGAUACGAGGCGGGGAGCCUCUCCAGCUGUCAAUCGGAGGGAGCGAAACUGAGCGGAGAUGUCGCGUCGUCGCGGAGCCGCGACUAAAAUCAGAACGAUAUGUACGUUAAAAUUACUGUCGUGACAGGGUAUAUAUCAUGUCAUGACACGUAGCCCCGUGAAAAGAACUGCGGCUUUUUGUCGCUUCUGUGAAGUUGUUCUUGAUUUUUGAAAAAGUAUAUUCACCAUUUCCUCUCCUAGUCGAGAAAAGCGAUGGAUAUUACUCUCUUACCGUAGUGCCUGAGCACGACUGUGUCCCAUAUACCAACUUCCUCACAGAGCCCGCCCUUCCGCCACAGAACGUUUCCCUCUGCGCAUGUUUCGUCACUGGCACCCUCGGUGUUUAAGGCAGCCGCCACCUUAAACGUGAGCCGCUUUUUUGCUCAGUACUCCGGAGUGAGAUCAUGAAUGACGGGAUGAGCAUGGAGCUGCCUGGGACUCGCAGGCCGUGUUGGAAUGCCCGGGCUGUUCGGCACGCUGUCUGUGAGCCAUCCGGGUGUGGCGGCAUGCGAUCCCCUUGAGCAAAGCCCCCCCACCAGCAGGUGACAGGAUGCCGGUGCAGGCGGCUCAGUGGACCGAGUUCCUCUCUUGCCCCAUCUGCUACAAUGAGUUUGAUGGGAGUGGCCACAAGCCCAUCAGCCUAGGCUGCUCCCACACCGUCUGCAAAACCUGCCUGCACAAGCUGCACCGCAAGGCCUGUCCCUUCGAUCAGACGGCCAUUAGUACGGACAUUGACCUGCUCCCUGUCAACUGCGCCCUGCUGCAGCUUGUUGGAGCUCAGGUGCCAGACCGCCAGCCGGUGUCGCUGAGCAGUGUGAGCGAGAACAAACACUAUGAGGCGUGCCGCCAGUGCGUGGAGGAGCUGGCGCUUUACCUGAAGCCCCUCAGUGGAGGGAAAGGUGUGGCGACCCUGAGCCAGAGCACGCUCAGCCGGCCCAUGCAGCGCAAGCUGGUCAUGCUGGUGAACUGCCAGCUGGUGGAGGAGGAGGGCCGCGUGCGGGCUGUGCGGGCGGGCCGCUCCCUGGGCGAGCGCACCGUCACCGAGCUCAUCCUGCAGCACCAGAACCCCCAGCAGCUGUCCGCCAACCUGUGGGCGGCGGUACGGGCGCGUGGCUGCCAGUUCCUGGGGCCCGCCAUGCAGGAGGACGCCCUGAAACUGGUGCUGCUGGCUCUGGAAGACGGCUCGGCCCUGUCCAGGAAGGUGCUGGUCCUGUUCGUGGUUCAGAAGCUUGGGGCCCGUUUCCCCCAAGCCUCCAAAACCAGCAUCGGCCAUGUGGUCCAGCUGCUCUACCGGGCGUCCUGUUUCAAGGUGACCAAGCGCGAUGAGGACUCAUCCCUCAUGCAGUUGAAGGAGGAGUUCCGCACAUACGAGGCACUACGGCGGGAGCACGACGCCCAGAUCGUCCACAUUGCCAUGGAGGCAGGCCUGCGCAUCUCGCCCGAGCAGUGGUCCUCGCUGCUCUACGGCGACCUCGUGCACAAGUCCCACAUGCAGUCCAUCAUCGACAAGCUCCAGUCCCCAGAAUCCUUUGCAAAAAGCGUCCAGGAGCUGACCAUUGUUCUUCAGAGGACGGGAGAUCCAGCCAACUUGAACAGCUUAAGACCUCAGCUGGAGCUCUUGGCUAACAUCGAUCACAAUCCAGAUGCCGCCUCCCCGACGUGGGACCAGCUGGAGAAGGUGAUGCUGGCUGUGAAGGUGGUGGUCCACGGCCUGGUAGACUUCAUCCAGAACUUCAGCAAGAAGAGCCACGAAACCCCACAGCCGCAACCAAACAGCAAGUACAAGACGAGCAUGUGCCGCGACCUGCGCAUGCAGGGUGGCUGUCCCCGGGGGACCAACUGCACCUUCGCCCACUCCCAGGACGAGCUUGAGAAGUUCAGGAUGAGGAACAAGAAGAUCAGCAACACUGGCAGAAACUUCCCAUCCGCCCAGACACCUUUAGGCAAAGGGGGGGGCAGUGUGACGAGUACCCCUGCAGGGGGGGUUUCUCCAGGGGACUCAGAGAGCGCGGAGAAAGGAGUGUCACUGAUGGAGGGCACAGCCCCUCCCCAGCUCAUCCCUAGGGGUGGGGAGACUCUGGAUGAACAGAAGAGGACGGUCCGGAAUGGAUCCAAUGGAGCGGCUGGUCCCAGUGGCCCCACUUCCAGCCAGAGCGAGCAGAAGACUGUAUCUCCUCCGAAGACACCCGUCAAUCACAUCUCAGCUACCUCACCUCAUGCCCCAGGCUCCACAGCGGACAGCAGCUCUCCACACCCCAAACAUGGGCCCUACAUCCUCAGGGGCCCCCUGUACCCUCCGCAGUCGGACAUUUAUUACCAGGAACAGAGGACAUCUUUUGAUACACCGUCAUACCCCCCAUCCAGUAAUUACUAUGCCUCCGCAGUGCCCCCGCCGAAACCGUGUGUCACCCGCUUCCUGCGCUCCAGCAACGUGCCCGAGUCCUCGCUGCCCCCGGCCGUGGCUGGAUACCCUGAGCAGCCCCCAUCCUUCUCCUUGCGGGAGAGGCCGCCCCCCUACGGCCCCGCCCCACAGUACGGCCAGCUGGCGCCAGCACACGGCAUCUAUGCCCCCGUGUACGACAGCCGCCGCCUCUGGCGGCCGCAGAUGUACCACCGGGAGGACGCUCGCAGCAAUUCCCUGCCCCCUGAGGUGCUGCACUCGUCCGUGUACCAGCCGCCUCUGAGGGAGCGCUUCAACUCACUGGACGGGCCUUACUGUGCCGCCGGGGAGCAAAGAGCCACACUGCAGAGGGACUCCUACAACAGGGUAGCCCUCGGGUACGAGGAGCUGGUCCGCCGCAAGCCUGAGCAGUGGGCCUCACAGCACGGACCCGGGCCGUCCUCGUCCUCGCCACUCUUCACGGUCGACUUCACACGGGAGCUCUCAGAAAGCGUGGGAAAAGACUGUGUGGGAUGCAAGGAGAGCCUGAGCCAGUACUCACCCUGGUCCUGUGGUACCAUCAGCACCUGCAUCAGUACCGCGGAGUCAGACCUGCACGGCGUCAUGGCGACAAAUGCCUCUGAGCUGCCGCAGGACCUGGAAGGCUGCGGCGUGAAGCGGAGACUGCGCGGCCCAGAGCCCUCUGGCUACCGCAGGCCCAAGGAAGAGGACCCCAUCAUCCCGUUUGGAGAAGGGCCCAUCAUCUCCAAGUGGGGUGCCAUCUCACGGGCCUCCCGCACGGAGUACCACACCACCGAGCCCGUGCAGGCCACAGCCUCCCGGGGCGGGGCCACCACCACUCCCAUCAGCUUCCGAGAUUACGGCUCCUACAUCAGUCACAGCGACUACAGGUGGAGCUCCCAGGGCUCCGACCCCCCCUGCCACUCCAGCUUCCUCGACAGUGACCAGCGGGGAGUCCCCGGGCUGAGAGCCCAGCGCCAGUCUUCCAGCGCCGACGAGAACCGGAGCACAGACCUUCUACAGGCUGACGUCUGUACAGACGGCGUGGACGGCGAGCCGGACAGGGACAUUGAGCUGGAGCUGUCCGCCCUCGAUAUCGAAGAGGCCAGCUCACAGGACGACAAGACCCAGAUUCAGGAGUCGCUAAGAGCGCCCCCUCAUGGUACCCACCUCCCCGACGGUCCAGCGUCCGGUAACGGGCACCAGAGGAGCCAACCGGACACGCUCUCAUCAGACAAGAUGGGGGCUCACCUGCUGAAGAAGAUGGCCUUCAGGAAGCCUGUCUCCCCCGACAGGCAUGGCUCAUCUGGGCUCUGCGUCAGCAAGUUAGUCAUGAAGACGGGGCGAGGUGAUGUCCCCCAUCCCAGCACUGGGGCUGAGAUGCUGCUCAACGGUAGCUGAGGGCUGGGGGGAGGGGUGGGAGGCGGGGCCACACAAAGACUCAACCUGCGAUGUCACGCGGCCUCGCGUAUAACUCGGGAUGGAUGACCCACAGCUCUGGUGUCACGGCGACUGUGCUGUCUAGGCUGCACGUAGUGUUGCAUUCUCAAAAAUGCGUCAUAUUUCCCCGUUUACUGUGGGUCAUUUGGUUACACAAAAAAGGCCCUUGGAGUGUGUUUUUUAAAAAACUGUAUUUGCCUAUUCACUUUCCAAUAGCUACAGAACUUGGAUGUUACCAUAGAGCUCAAUGAUAUUAGCAGUGCUGUAAGAGCUUUGCUGACCAUUGGUGUACUUUUCAAACACUGGAUGGCUUGAUCUUAAAGUAGCGGGGCUUUGCAAUCAUAUUCCUCAUCGAUAGUGUGUUUUAUUAUUAUUACUUUUUUCUGUUGAUUGUCUGUUCAGGAAAACAGCGCCCUCUCUGGGGACAGUAGUAGCAAUUUUAAGAAAAGAUUGGUUUCUGCAGCAUUUUGGCGUGACCAAGCAAUGAAUAUUAGGGGAGUGUUCAUCAUGGCUGGUUUUCGGGGCAUGUCACAUCUCUGAUAUUACACAGAACAGAUUGUUCCUCUUUUGCUUGUCUGUUGCUGUUAAAAACAUAGUUAUUUAUCUCUUUAUCAAGAGCAGUCAAUGGGUCUACGAUCCAUCUAAAUAUAAUGACGCAUUAUGAAUAUGUAUGAAAACUAAAUCAUUAUCUACUACGAAAUUUUUGAAUACAUUUUUGCGAAUUAAUACUUUUUUAUUGAUAAAUUUCCACUCUUUUUGUGCACGUGUGCCCUGCAGUGGAUGGGCAUUCUCCUCUAGAACGAUUAACCACUUUGUGCCCCAUGGCUGGGAUCGACUACCACAAUCCUGUACUGGAUUAUAGUUCAGAAAAUGGGUACAUCAAUGGAUGUUGUCUUAAAAAUAAGAUAACUUUCUUCAUGCUAAAUCAGUACUAGUAAGUGUGUGUUCUGGACAUAAAGUGGUCAUAUUUGUGUGAAUUUUUAACAACAACAGAACAGGUACUCCCCACCAUCAAGACGUGUGUGCCCCGUGCCUCUUUGGUAGUGUUUCCCAACCUGGGUCCCUGAGAACCGGAUUGGGAAAAACUGCCCAAAUGCAUAAGCAGCCAUGAUACUUACAGCCCUGACAAGAAGGAAUGUUUUUCUGCGCCAUAAUAUUCUUGCACAUUUCAGGCGUUUUCCAUCUCUGGCUGGGAGGAGCUGUCUGACUAGGGCAGACAAUAUGUUCAGGGGACAGAUGUGACACGUGUAACCAAGAAAGAACCCUCAGUCCAGCACCCCUAUACCCACUAAGCAACUCAGUAGAUAUGUCAGCCAUUUUCAGGCUCGUCCUAUGUUUGUUUUUUUGAUCAUGUUCCUUAUUUGAUCCGACUUGUACGUUUUCAGUGCUAGUCGAGAGGAAGUUCUUAAAAGCACUUAUUUAACAAACAGCAGAUGCUUUUUAGACUGAUACAGUUUACUUUUGCACAGUUUCUUAAUGGUUGCUAAUUGCUUAUGAUCGUCGGUUCUUUGUUUACACUGUUGUGCAAAAAUGCAGGACAUAACCACGGUGCUCUGCACUAACAGCUAAUGGAGAAUAACCUGCCUGGCUGUAGAUUCUGUGCUGAAUACAGUGCAUUCAUUAUUGACAUUAAACAGGAACAAGAGUAAUGAUUUUAUUCUUAAAUUAUAGCGAUAUUGAUGUUCAUUUUCAAAAUGGUUAUUGAGUAACAUUUAUGAGUAUAUGUAGGCUGCACAUGAUGUGUAUUCUAUAUUCCUGUAGGGGCAGCAUUGUCUGUUAUCACAGUAGCCACAAGAAGUAUCUAAGGUUAUUGUAAACAUCACUAGUACCAAAACCAUAUUUAAAACUUGAAUAUCUGUGUUCUGGAUAUUUUUUUUACUCGAAAAGCCCUCGUGACACGCUGCGCACACACAGAGCUUCUUGUAAGUAUGCAGGUGUGUCUUGAUGACAGGGGAGGCUCCAUUGGGAAGCAGAGACGACGGUGUGUCACGUGCGUUACGUGCGUCCGGCCCGGCAGCAUUAAAGUGGAUUCCGCGAUCAUUCUGACAGGAAUGACUGCUUGGUUGUUGUGAAUGUGUUACAAUUCUUGUUUAGGCCUCCUUAGCAUAUGCUUAUAUUCGUGAAGUGAAGCUCCUCCUGGGUGACAGGAAUUGCACUAGGAGUCGCCGUGAAGCUGAGCAGAAACUGUCAGAAACUGAUGUGUACCACAUAAAACCAGAUAGUUGUUGUUAUAGCUUCCGCCCUCGUUUCGUCUGCCCCCUGGCCGUGUCACUGUCGGCCACCGCUGCCCUGUCCCAACGCUCUGGAAAAAUUUGCUCUGACUUUCUGGGUUUUCUGUAUUUUAAAACAUUCUAACUUCCGUGAAGUUGUCCGUCAAGAUAUUUUGUAUCAGGAUCUUUUUUUUCCAUCAUGUUUUGAAAUUGUGGUCUGUUAACCUGUUUGUUUUGUGCUGAUUCUGUGCGGUUCUCUUGCUAGCUGACUGACAUGGUCCAUAACACAGAAAUCAUAGCGCUGACCAGACCAAUCACACAUGUCCAGAAGGAUUAGCGAUAACUUAACUCGGACUGUGUUUGUGGCAUUUUGGAGGAGGUCCUCUCCUGAGGGGCAUUAGGGAUCCCUGAAGGUGAAGCUGAAUUUUCAGGUACUGAGCGAAACAUUUAUUGUAGACUUUCUUAGGAAAAGUUAGAACCAACUUGACCAAUCCUCCACAGGCCUCUGUUGACUGACUCUAGAUAAGCUCAUGUAUGCUAUGCUGUGUGGUCUGGAUACAUUCCUGGAGACUGUGGAUGUUCCAGGACUUACCUAUUCAGGAUAUACAUGGCCACAUGCUCCUGUAUAGAAUUUACCAGCUCAUUUAUGUGCGCUGUAAAUUUCUUGCUAAAACUUACAGGCAUGGUUUGAGAUUUUAAAUAUUAUUGAUUUGUUCGGGACUGUGCAUGGAAUUUUAUCAAAGCAGUUCUGCUGUAAUCCUUUGCAUAUGUAUGAUUCUGUGUGUCCUUUUCAUGGCGAGGUACAGGCACUUUUUUCAAUUAACCUUUGUAUUAGCUGUUAUGUGAAUGCAUAUUAGUUUUAGACAACUUGGUAGGUACUGAGAGAUUUAAUUUGUCUUUUUGACAAAACAUAUAGAUUGCAAUGAGAAACAUUUUUUAUAUGAAAAAGAAAAUGGGACUGUGGAAUUCUCUUAAAUAUUAACUGCAGUAUUCAGGUUUACAGUAAGUCUUACUGAUCUCAUCUGUUGAAACGAAAGCACUUCUACUCAUAUAACACAUACAGUUCAUAAUUAGAGUUGGUGUGAAGUGUAUAACUCAUUUCUGUCAGUGUGUGGAAACAUUAAGAGCACACACUAUUGUUUUACCAUUGCUAUUACUAGUCUGACGUCUGGAUUUUACAUGUAUCAUUAGACAGAGUAUAAUUCUGUGCCAUACAAAAAACCUCAGGCAGGCAGGCAAUUAAAAAAAAAAAGAAACGAGGCAAAACCACUCACACCAGAAGAUUGGUCAAGUUGAGUGCAAACUGGAGCAUCCAGACUAGAGUUCUGCCUCUGGUUGUUCGAGCUGAUUAUUGCAGGGGUUACCAAAGCCAAGUACCUACAACCCUCAGGAUAGAGCCUCCUUUUUACAGCAUCCUCAGCAAUAACAGAAGGCCAAUGCAAAUGUUACAUACAAUUAAUACCGUGUAUAUAAUUUCGGAAUUCACCUUGUGCAGCAAGAAGAGUUUUAUUCUUUUUUAAUUCGUUACACUGGAAAAGGUUUAUGCUAUGUGGAGUUGCAUAGAACACAUGGGGUUUACAGAACGUCUGUGCAGGACUCUGGAGGUUUAGAACCACGAGUGCACCGGGUAGAACUCGAGGCCGCUCCGUCUGACCGAAACUGAUCCUGAUUGCAGCUCCAGGCCCGAGGCCUCACAUUCAGAGAGCGAGGCAGAGCUUCAUCUUGCCAUGUCACACACAUCCCCACCCCGACGCGGGCGGAGUCCAGGCCGCGUCCUUGUGGAUGCGGACCUGGGCCAACCGAGGCGACGUCGUGCAUGCUGUCCCUUAGCUGGGCGAUGGAAGACAUUAUUCUGUAGUUGUGAUACAACACACCUGCCGUUGUACAUGUUCUGCACAUGCCCACUGUGUGGCCACGUCAUGUAUCGUGGUUAGCUUGCAGCAUUUACUGUCUGCUUUUAUAAUGUUUUAUUGUAUAUCAUAAUUAUUAUUACUGGUAGUAUUUUAUUGGAAAUAAAAGAAGUCCUCUUUUUGUAUUGUUUAAAUUUUAAAAAUUUGCUUAGCUGUGAUUGUUCUGGAGAUAGGGUUGGAAAGACGAGAAGCUUGUUUGUCAAUUGUACAACCAGUAACGGAGCUGAUGUUUGAAUAUUUUUACGUCUGUAUUAGACAUUUUCUUUGCAAAUCUAUUGUUCGAUUGAAUUGUAAAUGAAAUAAAAGAUGGUACACAUCCGUCAUUGUAUACAGCUGGCACCAUCGUUAGAUGGACUUACUGCUCAUUUUUAUGACAUAAUCAGCUAUAUUUAAAUAUAUAAAAUAUAAAAAAAUAAAUAUAAUUUAAAACAAAAAAAACUUUUCAGGAAAGUGGGGUAUGCCCAAAUUAAUGAUUUUUAUUCCAUUUAUUUCUUUUUACUUACCACUUGUGAAGGUUUUUGAUUUUGCAUUUUGGAUUACAAUGCAAGAUGACCUCUGGCUUGUGUGUUAUAAUGUGGCACAUAGAAAAAAGAGUGGAUUAUUUUUGUUAAAUGUUUGCUCUAGCACUAACAGGUCUGUUUUCCUGUAUGGAGCAGAACGGUAAUAUUAAACAAAAGGAGACUGCAGUAUCUGAAAUGUAUUUGCAUGCAUAAAAAUAAAGAUGCAAAAAAGUUCA